AGAUCUUAAGUGUUUCCAGUGGAAUCUUCAGUUUAGAUAAAAGAGGAAGAACACGUUUAAUCUAUGUAUCAGUAGUCAUAGUGUUACAGCGUCGUCAGUGUUGAAAAAUCGAAACUAAGUCUUUCAAGUGGAAUUGUAUGAGUAGAAGUGUGCACCUAUCAGCAAAAGAAACAAUAAAAUGCCGUGGAAAAGAGCAGAGUUUACAACACGCUUCCGUAGAAAUUAGGUUACGGCGUUAUGCCACCCAGAAAAAAAGCUCUUCCUCGCCCACUGCCUGAAGGAUGGAUUGUAACAGAUGCAGAAAAGAGGCAAUGGACACUAGGAAAAAUGAUUGGACAAGGUGGAUUUGGCCUGAUAUAUCUAGCAUCUCGAGGUACUGGGAAACAUGAUGAAGAUGAGGCAGAAUUUGUAAUUAAAGUAGAAUAUAAAGAAAAUGGACCACUGUUCUCUGAACUUAAAUUUUACCAAAGGGCUGCAAAGCCAGCUGAUAUUCAGAAAUGGAUGCAAGAGAAAAGAUUACGUUUUUUGGGAAUUCCAAAGUAUUGUGGACAUGGAAUAGCUGAGUUUGAUAAAUUAAGUUACAGGUUCAUGGUGAUAGAAAGACUUGGCAAAGACUUGCAACAUAUCUUUGAAAAACAGGGGAAGAUGUUUAAAGAUCAUAUUGUCCUAAAUUUAGGGUUAAAGAUGUUACAUGUUUUGGAAUACAUACAUGAAAAUGAAUACAUUCAUGGCGAUAUAAAAGCUGCAAAUAUACUUCUUGGAUUCAAAGAUUCUAAUAAGGUGUACUUGGCAGAUUAUGGUCUGUCAUACAGAUAUUCUCCAAACCAAAUCCAUAAAAAGUAUGAGGAACGUCCUAAGAAGGGUCACAAUGGGACAAUUGAGUACACAAGUAUAGAUGCUCACAAAGGUGUAGCUCCAUCCAGACGGAGUGACCUUGAAAUACUUGGCUACUGCAUGCUGCACUGGAUGUGUGGAAAACUUCCCUGGGAGCAGUAUCUGAAUAAACCAGAACUUGUCUUGGAAGCUAAAACAAAACUGAUGGAAAAGCUUCCUGAGUCCGUAACACAGAUUUCUCCAUGUGGUGCCAAAUGUGGGGAAAUAGCCAAGUUUUUAUCCCUUGUUAAAAAACUGGGAUAUGAUGAAAGGCCAAACUACCAUAUGCUACAAAAAAUACUCCUCGAUGGUCUAAAAGAAAUUCAAAAAGACUUCAAUGAUUUUUUGGAUUUUUCUCCAGUUUCUGAAGUUGAAGCACAUGGCUACUGCUUAUACAACCAUGCAGCAACCAUUAAACCAGUAAGACAUGACAUAAGGACAACACAACCUGUGGAAAAGUGUUUGAAUGAAAGUAAAACGUCAUUGACAAGAUCAAGAAUGGUACAAGAUAAAGUUAAAGAAGAUAUGGAUGCUAAAUGGGAAGAGGCCAAGGAAAAUGAAAACUCUCUAGAGAAAGAUAAAAAGUACAAGAAGAAAAAUAAAAUGGAGGAAAAUCACUUUAACAAGAUAACACAGAAUUUAACAAAGGCAUAUUUUUUGCAAGAUGCAUCUGGGAAAUUACCCAACAGAAAGAGACAAGACGAAAUAAAUCCAAGAAAAACGCAGCUACAGAUAAAAAAGAAAUAUGCAGAAGAUGAAUGUAAUAAACUUACAGGAAGUGACGGCCAGUACGAGGAUGAGUAUUUAAUACAACAAGAAGCAAACGAUGAUCAAAUAGAAUUUUCUUGGAGAAAAUGGUGCCUUCUACUCGUUUUUCUAAUCAUAUCAAUUGUAAUAGUUACACUUUAUUGACUUAUAAAAAAAAUAGACAUUAAUAUUACAAUGCUCCUCUGUGCAUCUUCAGCUGGAAAGUGGCAAAAAUGCCUGAUCAUAGCUUCUUGGAAUUCAUUUUCACUGUAAUGGGCUUAAAACAAAGAAAGUGUUAGUUUUAAUUAUGAAUGCUUGUUUUUAUUUUUAAACAUAGUAUAAAUUGAGAAUAUUUGUACAGUACUGAAUCUAAAAUAUUUAUAUAAGAUACACUUGUUUUUCUUGAUGUUGAUCCAUGAACAUAAUGUUUAAUGACAUUACUCAUCUGCAGCUCCAAUAAACACGUCCCAUUGUUAUCCUGCCAUAUUUAGUCAGUGUGGCUCCUUGCCAUGCUCUGGACUGGUGCUUCUGUAUAAUCCAGUUUGGAACUGGCUUUGAUGUUCUAUUAAAGGUCUAUGGGACCGUGUGGAGAGAGUAUACUCAGAUGGAUGGGUCCUGCACCAGACCAGCAGCUACAUAAGGACUGAAUUCUGUUACAGUUGAGUCCAUAAGCAUUUGGGCAGAGACACAAUUUUCAUAAUUUUGCCACUGUAUGUGACCACAAUGGAUCUGAAAUAAAGCAAUGAUUUAAGUGUAGACUUUGGGCUUUAAUUUAAGGGGUUUACCAAAAAUAUUGUACAAGGAAUGACAGCAAUUUUUCUGCAUAUCCCCCCAUUUCCAGGAACUCAAAAGUAUUUGGACAUUGGACUGACAAGCCGUGGUCCCUCAUUAUUUCAUUAACUAUUAAGGCGGUAAAAGGUCUGGAAUUGAUUCCAAGUGUGGAAUUUGCAUUUAGAAGCUGUCACUGUUAACUCAAUAUGAGGUCCAAAGAGCAGACCAUACAAGUAAAAACAGUCCAGCAGUAGGCUGAGAAAACAAAACAAACCCUUUAUUUAGAAAGAUAGCAGAAACACAAGGAGUGGUUAAAUCAACCAUCUGGUACAUUCUUAAACAGAAGGAACACGCUGGUGAACUCAGCAACAUCAAAAGGUAUGGACAACCAGGACAACCACAGAAGACCACUGUUCUGGAUCAUUGCAGAAUUUUGUCCUUGGUGAAGAACCCCUUCAGAACAUUUAACCAAACCAAGAACACUCUCCAGGAGGUAGACCUAUCAUUGCAAAGUCUACAUGAAAGUAAAGACAGAGGGUUUGCCACAUGGGGCAACUACUGGUAAGCCUCAUGCGUAGGAAACACAGAUUAGACUUUGCCAGAAAACAUUUUUUAAAAGCCUAUCCAGUUCUGGAAUAACUGUCCUUGGAUGAAGGAAACUAAGAUCAAUAUGUACUAGAAUGUUGGAAAGAAAAGAAACAGCACAUGAUCCAAUGCAUGCCUCCAUCAUAGUUCACAGAUGAUAUAGUAGUGUUACGGUAUGAUCAAGCAUGUCUGUGAAUGGCAGUCAGUCACUGGUGUUUAUUGAUGAUAUGACUGUUCACAGAAGUAGCAGGAUGAAUUCUGAAGUGUAUAGGGCUGUACUAUCUACUCAGAUUCUGCCAAAUGCUGCACAAAUGACAGGAUGACACAUCACGGUACAGAUGGACAAUGAGCCAAAACAUACUGUGACAACAAAUGAUUUACAAAACAAAGAACUGGAAUAUUCUUCAAUGGCCAAGUCAAUCAAUUGACCCCAACCCAAAUGGACAGGCAUUUCACUCACAGAAGACAAAAUUGAUGGCAGAAUGUUCAACGAACAAGCAGCAACUGAUGGCAGCUGUAGUAAAGGACUGGCAAAGCAUCACGAGGAUAGAAACCCAGCAUUUGAAGGUGGCCAUGGGUUCCAGACGUCAGGCAGUCAUUGACUGUGAAGGAGUUUCAACCAAAUUUGGAAAAUUAUAUUUAUGAUAUUAGAUUCUCCAAAUACUUUUGAGCCCUGCAAAACAGGAGUGCCAUGUAUAAAAAUGUCUUUUCUAAACAGCUCAUAUAAUAUUUUUGUUAACCCCCUUGAAUUAAAGCUGAAAGUCUACACUUCAAUCACAUCUUGAUAUAUUUGUUUCAAAUCUACUGUGCUGGUGUACAGAGCCAAAAUUAUGAAAAUUCUGUCACUGUCGAAAUAUUUAUGGACCUGACUGUAGUGUGCUAAUUUUCAAUUGGAAAACCAUCAAACAUAUUAGACAUAUUUAAUUUACAUGGUGGCCCACAUUUUGCAUUUUACUAAGAAAAAACUUGAAUUUGUUUCAAAUUCUGAGGCAGCAAAAUAAAGUGUUGGUGUCUUAAUACAUUAAAAAAAAUGGAAAAAAAAUGUAAUCAUUGUCCCGUGAGUCUGUGCGAGGUACUUUCUAGAAAUGGCUCAUCUCACUGAAACAAAUGUCAGUUUUAAAUGCUAUUAUUUUGGCAUGCAAAUUAAAAACAAAAGGUAAAAAGUAUGUUUAUUCACUGUAUUUGUGCUUAAAUACACAACUCACUUUGAAUUUUAUUAUACUAUAUUACCCUAGUAUAUACUUUUGAGUUGUAAAUUACUUUGAACAAUAAAGCUCUUUUUGCUCUGAAUAGGCUUGAAAAA